ACAUUUGAGUUUACGAUUUCCGCUUCCUGAGUAAACAUGGACGAAUAUGUCUAUUAAAAUAUCAAAUCUUAAUUUUGUAUCUUUUUUUAAUGACGAUGGUCCUUCUUAAUAUGACAGAAUUAACGACUGAUACUUCAGAAGCUACUAAAUGCCAAUAUAACUGUAAUUAUUACGAAGAAAAGAAAAUAAAAGCAAUCUUGUCAGCACAAGCAGACCUAAUUUUUGCUCAGCAAAAAGAAUUACAGUCAAAAAACGAGCAAAUUCAAUGCUUAGCUAACGAAAAUCAGCAGUUGAAGAAUAAAUUGCUUAAUUUUGAAAACAAAAUUUGUGGGAAACACCAAGAAAUAAGUAAGGAAAAGAGCGAUUUUGAUGAAAACCUAAUAAAUUUUAAAUUCCCAUUCGAAACUACUGAGAGCGCUUCAUCAGAAUCGUCUAACAAUUUCUACAACGAUGUUAUGGGUUACUUAAAAAGGUGUGAAAGCAACUAUCCAUCAGCAGAAACUUUUACGGAUGCUGACAUUUUGCGAACGGAAGCCAGAAUUGAAAGCGUAACAAAUUUAACAGCUGGAAAAUUGUUUAAUGAAGUUAAGCUCAGUGGAGAAAUUAAAGUUCCUAGAUGGAGAAUAAAUGGUUUAUCUAAUUGUUAUACAAUGGAAGGAAUCGAGGAUAUAACCGAUGACUCCUUUAUUAAACGUCAUUUGAAUCUUGAGAUUGAGGAAAAGAGAAGAAAGAGGUGGGACUCUCAAAGAGUAAGGGAAAGAAGACAGGUAGAGCACUUGAAGCAAGUAAUGAGUUCUAGCAAUCUCAAUCAAAAAAAAAAGACAAAGUUAAAAUCUUUUUUGACUGAAGGUUCAAACGUAAAGUAUGUUGAAAUCUGUGAGACAGUACCAGUUACUGCUUUUGGGGAAUCCAUCCCUAAAUUUGAAACAAAAGAUUUUAAUCUACCAAAAGACUUUUGA